AUGGAUUUACGGGCGGUGGCGUUUGUGUUGGCGGUGAUCGUGACAGUGGUUACCAGUGUCCCGGUGGAUGUGGAGAAGAGGAGGGCUCCGAUAAUUAUCAACCGUCUAGUGAGCGAUCAUUCCCGUGUAGCAAGCACUUUUGCGAACUUUGUUCGGGUUGAAACAGAACCAGAGGUUUCUGUAACGCAGAAACCAGCACCAGUGACUCCUGUAACGCAGGACCCAGCACCAGUGACUCCUGUAACGCAGGAACCAGCACCUGAGACUCCUGUAACGCAGGAACCAGACCCAGAGACUCCUGUAACUCAGGAACCAGACCCAGAGACUCCAGUAACGCAGGAACCAGCACCAGAGACUCCUGUAACGCAGGACCCAGCACCGGAGACUCCUGUAACGCAGGAACCAGCACCAGAGACUCCUGUAACGCAGGACCCAGCACCGGAGACUCCGGUAACGCAGGAACCAGCACCCGAGACUCCUGUAACGCAGGAACCAGCACAAGAGACUCCAGUAACGCAGGAACCAGCACCAGAGACUCCUGUAACGCAGGAACCAGAUCCAGAGACUCCUGUAACGCAGGAACCAGGACCAGAGACUCCUGUAACGCAGGAACCAGCACCAGAGACUCCUGUAACGCAGGACCCAGCACCAGAGACUCCUGUAACGCAGGAACCAGAUCCAGAGACUCCUGUAACGCAGGAACCAGACCCAGAGACUCCUGUAACGCAGAAACCUGAUCCAGAGACUCCUGUAACGCAGGAACCAGCACCGGAGACUCCUGUAACGCAGGAACCUGAUCCAGAGACUCCUGUAACGCAGGAACCAGCACCAGAGACUCCUGUAACGCAGGAACCUGAUCCAGAGACUCCUGUAACGCAGGAACCAGCACCAGAGACUCCUGUAACGCAGGAACCUGAUCCAGAGACUCCUGUAACGCAGGAACCAGCACCAGAGACUCCAGUAACGCAGGAACCAGCACCAGAGACUCCUGUAACGCAGGAACCAGAUCCAGAGACUCCUGUAACGCAGGAACCUGAUCCAGAGACUCCUGUAACGCAGGAACCAGCACCAGAGACUCCUGUAACGCAGGAACCUGAUCCAGAGACUCCUGUAACGCAGGAACCAGAUCCAGAGACUCCUGUAACGCAGGAACCAGCACCAGAGACUCCUGUAACGCAGGAACCAGAUCCAGAGACUCCGGUAACUCAGGAACCAGACCCAGAGACUCCUGUAACGCAGGAACCAGCACCAGAGACUCCUGUAACGCAGGAACCUGAUCCAGAGACUCCUGUAACGCAGGAACCAGCACCAGAGACUCCUGUAACGCAGGAACCAGCACCAGAGACUCCUGUAACGCAGGAACCUGAUCCAGAGACUCCUGUAACGCAGGAACCAGAUCCAGGGACUCCCGUAACACCGGAACCAGAAACAACGACAGCUCCAGUAACGCAGGAAUCGGAAACAACAACUCUACGUCCGGAGACGGAAGUCCCUCCGGAAACCGAAAGUCCUCCAUUAACCGAAGCCUCAUCAGUGCCUACCACUCUCGCCCCAGAAACGACAACCGCGGGCGUUAGUUCGCGAGCAUCCGUUGGAUUUUCGCUCCUUUUGUCGACCUUGGUAGCUCAUAUGCUGCGUAGCCUGUAA